AUAGCCCACAUUGUUCACACAUGGUGCAAAAAUAGCUCAUAAAGACUCACAAUACAGAUUUCAUUGACAGCAGGUUUAGUUUUUAGUUCAAUUUUCAGUACAAUACUGUUUUUCCCUAAGAAUUGUCUUUAAAAAAAUACUGUUUUCCAAAUAGGCUAUACUGAAAUAUGCACUUUAAACCCACAUUAUUUAUUACAGGUAAUAAUUAUCACGAAAUUCAACAUCGUCAUUGCAGUUUUUCCUUAUACCGUGGAGGGUCUUAUGGAGGUAUUUCAAUAAACUCUACUGGCUAUGGAAUGAAUACACUCCAGACGCGUUGUUUUCAGAAAAGAAACUGCCGUCUCCGAUCCUUCCCACGGGACGUGAACGCAGCAUGUGUUCAGACAGCGGAGGUUGAGCAGCAUCAGGAUGGGCGGCUAGCAUCUGUCUCAGUCUCAGCUUUAACAGCAGCCUUCUGAGCAGCUUCAUGACAGACCCACUGAAAUCCUCCUAAGCAGAACACCACAGAAGAAGAAGUGACAGGGAGGCAGGAUGGACUCCUUCUCUAUGAUGGGCGGCAGCAGGAGCCCUGUGUUCUUCACAGCACCGUCCUCCCACCACCACCUCCAACACACACAGGCCUGUUUCCUGCCCAACGGCACUAAGAGUGGAGACGCGGAGUCCUCCCGGCCCACGGUGGCCAUCCUGGGCUCCGGUGACUUCUCCAAGUGCCUGACCAUCCGCCUGCUGCGCUGCGGCUUCCAUGUGGUGGUGGGCAGCAGACACCCCAAACUGGCAGCGCAGUCUCUUCCACACGUUGUGGAUGUGACACACCAUGAGGACGCCGUGGGGAAGUCCAACAUCGUGUUCCUGGCAAUCCGCCGCGAGCACUACUCUGUGCUGUGGGACCUCAAGCACCUACUGGAAGGAAAGAUCCUGGUGGAUGUGAGCAACAACAGGAGGGUGAACCAGUACCCGGAGUCCAACGCUGAGUACUUGGCUUCACUGCUGCCAGGCUCCGUCACCGUCAAGGGCUUCAACGUCAUCUCAGCCUGGGCCAUGCAGAUGAGCUGCCCCAAAGACGCCAGCACACAGGUGUACAUCUGCAGUGACUCGCUGGAGGCUCGGCAGCAGAUUAUGGAGUUAGCUCGCCAGCUCCACUUCCUGCCGGUGGAUAUGGGCACCCUGUCUUCCUCACGGGACAUUGAGAACAUUCCCAUACGGUUAUUCCCCGGCUGGAAGGGCCCUGUCCUUGCCGCCGUCGCGCUCUCCAUAUUCUUUUUUGCCUACUCAUUUGUACGAGACAUCAUCCACCCGUAUGUGAAACACAAGCAGAGUGACUUCUACAAGAUCCCCAUAGAGAUGGUGAACCGGACUCUGCCCACUGUCGCCAUCACGUUGCUGGCACUGGUGUACCUGGCGGGUCAGCUGGCAGCCGCCCACCAGCUGUACUACGGGACCAAGUACAGACACUUCCCCCACUGGCUGGAGGGCUGGCUGCAGAGCAGGAAACAGCUCGGCCUGCUCAGCUUCUUCCUGGCUGCCGUACAUGUGGUCUACAGCCUGUGUCUGCCCAUGAGGAGGUCGGAGAGGUACCUGAUGCUCAACACCGCCUACCAGCAGGUCCACGCUAAUGUGGAGAACGCGUGGAACGAGGAGGAGGUGUGGAGGGUGGAGAUGUACGUUUCCUUCGGGAUCAUGAGUCUCGGGCUGCUGUCGCUCCUCGCCAUCACCUCCAUCCCCUCGGUCCACAGUACGCUCAACUGGAGGGAGUUCAGCUUCAUACAGUCCACGCUGGGCUACAUCGCUCUGCUCAUCGCCACCCUGCACGGCCUGCUGUUCGGCUGGAAGCGAGCCUUCGAGGAGGACGCCUACCGCUUUUACCUGCCCCCCAGCUUCGUGGUGGCCCUGGCCCUGCCGGUGUGUGUGAUUCUGGGGAAGGUGCUCAUGCUGCUCCCCUGCGUGGGCCACAAGCUGCACCAGAUCCGCCGAGGCAUGGACAGCAGUCAGCACUGCUGCCAGCGCCUGGAGCCGGUGGGCUCGGCUGCACACGUCUCACCGGAGAGAGUCACCAUCAUGUGAGCUCUUCCACACUCUGCCAUAUUUAACUGUUGUUGAUGAACACUUCUCAUUCACAUGAUGCAAAUGGUACUCUUUGUUACUGUGAUCAGUUUUGCCGUCUGUGAAUCGUGUUCUUAGUAGCUGUGCAUUAUGAAGACUGCCCUUGUGGGACAGUUAUGUUACAGUUUGUCCAUCUUAAUUGUAAACUAUUUCUGUCCUUGUGUCCUGGUAGACAUAAUGAGAUACAGUGUUGACUUUAAAGAAAAACUCCACUCAUUUUACAACUACUGCUCAGCCUGUGGAAACAUCAGUCAUCUUUCAAAGUCAAGAAAAAAACCCACAUGAUAAUGCAGCAUCUCUCCUCAGAAACAUUAAAACAUCACAUGAUUGAGUCUAUCAACUGAAUGGGUUUAAAUACAGUUCACAUGAGCUGCUAAGUACAUAACAUUUAAUAUAAACAUGUCAAAAUAACUUUUCUAAACACGAGUUUCAAGAUAACUUUGGUUAAAUCUGAGCUAAAUAACCAGUCAUGUUUACCCACAGUUCCCUCCCGUAAGAACCAAGUCAGCCAAUGGCAAGCCUCCCAUAGAUGACUCCUCAUGGUAACACAGGUUUAUGUGUUAUUUUACUAGAUUUUGUGGCCGUCAAUAAACAUUCCUAAAAGGUUAAAACAGGUCUGCUCGCUAAAGACUAUUUCAGAAUAAGCGGUACGUGUCCCCUUACUGUCCAGCAGGUGGCUGUGUUACAACACAAAUUCAGAGGAAUCAAACUCAAAAGUUAAGAAACACAUUUCUAAUGAAUGAGUUUGAAUGUGAGAGAGAGCCAAGAAUCAAAAUGUAAAUUAUAAAAAUAUUUUUAAUGAAAACCUGUCACACAUAAAUCUCACAUAACAAUCUCAACAUAACAAAUACAACUCAAUUCACAACACAUUUGUAUCUCAUAUUUUAAGAAAAUGGUCUAAAACUAAGUCAGUUUGAACCCUUACAGUAACUCCACCUGGAUGUUUGAGUUGUGGAAUAAAAUGUCAAUGAUGUAAUGUUGUCUGCUUUGUGUUCAUGUAAGUGAUUCUUUAAAACUAAC